UUAACGCGUCUGCCGCUCAAUCAGAACUUGAGGAGAAUGUACAGGAUAUCUUUUCUCGAGAAUAUCAGAUGAGUGAUACAAGCGUGGAUCUGAUUUCUGUCAAGCCGGGAAGUGUCAUAGUGGAGUUCGUGACCAGUAUGCAAGAGGAACGUUUGGCGGAGAUUCUGGGCAAUGAGAUGGUUAUCGCCGAGUUGAUCAGCGAACUCGGAGUGCUAUCCUUCUCAAUGGGUGGCAACGAGACAGUUGUUGACGUUGAAGUGUUACCUACGCCAUCGCCAAACAACACGCCCAGCACCCCGAAGGUGCCACUGGGCGUUGUCAUAGCCAUUGUUGCGGGCGUGAGUUUGUUCCUGCUGCUUGUGCUGGUGAUCGUCCUGGUGGUUCUCAAGAACUACUGGAAGAAACAUCACGAGCCAGACACAGCAAAGAUCAUUGAGAAGCUCAAAAAACAGCACAUGUGGACUGAGGCACAUGACACAAAUGCGUCAGAGACACUCCGCGCGUUUAAACAGAGCCAGGAGAACAAAGGGUGGCUACCCCGGACUGCGUUCACACUCCUCGAACGUAUUGGUGGGGGUGCUUACGGCGAUGCACAGACAAGCAUUUCUCUAGCGGAGAAGUUGUGGUUCAGUUGGCAGAUCUGCAAAGGACUGCGUUACAUUGCACAGACAGGCACGGUCCAUCGCGAUGUUGCGGCGCGUAAUGUGUUACUGGGCGAAGCUACAGAAUACACGCAUGGGCAUCCGACCAUCAAAAUCAGUGACAUGGGACUUGCACGACUGGUAGAAGACGGUGGAAACUACACGAAAACGUCGCAGGGUGGUCUGCUCCCAUAUCGCUGGAUGGCCCCCGAAUCAAUUGAGUACUGUGCGUACAGUGAGAAGUCGGACGUGUGGUCCUUUGCAAUGACUGUGUGGGAAAUCUUCAACGACGGCAAAACACCAUACGCCUUCCUCAACGACUUUAAGCAAGUGCGGGAAGCCCUGAACCGCGGUCUUCGAGAGUCACGUACUGAGAGUAUGCCGGUUGAGCUGUAUCUUAUGUUGACCCGUUGUUGGGAUGCGGCCCCGGACAAUCGGCCCGAUUUUUCGGAAUUAGAGGUGUUGCUAGGCAACAUGUUUAUGGACCAUCAGACGAUCUCGGACCGCGGCCGAUUCGCCAUGUCUUUGGAGAACGAGUCCCUCAGUCACGACAUGUUGACACGAUCGGAGAGUCAGACCAGCAGCAUGUUUGCCACCAGCAAGGACGAUAUCCUGAAAACGAAAGCCGAAGCAAUAGCACAGUACACAGAAUUCUCAAACAGCUCAGCCAAUGGCUUCCAGAACAGCCGCGAACCCGUCUACAUCCACUUGGCAGGCCAACGGAGCAUAGAUACGCUGCAAGGAUCAAUUGUCAAUGGGCCCAGACCACGGGCAUCAAAUCCGACAAAUCCGACACGCCACUCUCAAGUUGUCACUCCACUGGCCCUCCAACAUGCGCCCAGCUUUGGCAGUUCACUGUCAAUGCCUAACGACUACGCUGAACUACCCACUCCCGUCAUGAGAGCAACCUUCUUUGCUGAUAGUAUUCCAGAUGUGUCAGCCGAUUCCGACGCCACCGCCAACAAACCAACCGAAGCGCCGCCUGUCCGAAGCAAAACGAUUUACGACAAUGUCACCAAUACCGAAGAAUCG